GCCUAAAUCAAAAAGAAUACCAGCACGAUUUAAUAAGUGCAUGGCGCACUCUUUCUUGGCAUGUGGUGUAACUGCCUUCUGGUAAUUGUGAAAUAUUUGCGCUUUCUAUCCGGUUCUCAGCAGAGGCAUUGAUACCAAUCCCUUUACCAAAAUGAAAUGUGCAUUUUGCUGCGUUGCAUUAUGAUCAAAUGAAUUCAGUGGGCGCUGAGUGCACUCCAUCGAUUGGACAUUGCUGUCUCCAUUCCGCGGGCAUGCGAGGUUUGCUUUUCAGUCAUCUUCAUUAUCAGGAAAUGUCAAUAUAUGUUGUUUAAACACAUUAAGUGACUGUAGUAUAAAGGCUACUUUACGUCACCGGUCAAUUCGACAUAUCUGUAAUCAGCAGCAGGCAACGAAAGUUAGGCGAGUCAAGACUUUCAGCAUCACUUUCCACUGGACAGCGCUCCAGCGGCUUUGGGAUCGAGACAGCCUACUCAAACGCAUGGAUUUCUUUGGGAUAUUUCAAACGAUGGAUGGAGCUCUUUGGAAGUAAGGUCGAGGACAUUCUUCAAGUAAUCUACACAAUAUUACAAACAGGAACGACAUUUUUCUUGAUUCUUACAUUGACACAUUUGUGCAUUGGAUAUGGGUCAGUUCACACCGAGAAGAUUCUGCCAGAGCAGACCCGGUAAAGGGGAAUUCACUCAGCAACCCGGAGAAUUGAGCCGAGUGGCCUGAAGGCUCUGACACGAAUCAACCAACCCCCCCACCCCCAAGGGAAGGGGAGAGAUUAAAAACUCCUGAUCGACGUGGAGGGAGAGAGUAAGAGAAGGAGGGAGAGAGAGAGAGGGGGAAAAAAGAGCUUAUCAUACACCUUUGCUCUUCUUAAUGCCCCCUGUGAGGGAUCGCCAUAGGCAGGGUGGUGAGUAACAGCGGGCAGAGGAGUAGCUGCCCACCACACUAGUCAGACCAAGGAGUGAGGAGAAUAGAAGGAAAGAAAAAGAUAAGAAAAGAAGAGGAUAUAUCCUUUGAAGAACCAAACUUAGAGCAAAGCAACAAGACACAUCACCUGUUCCGUGCCCACCUCUUCGAAAAGUCUAAUUAAGAUUAACCCCCAUGACAUAAAGUAGUGUUCUCUGUGUUCCUGAUUCCGCCGGGUUCUAAAGUGUGUCAGUAUUCGUGUCUGGGCUGUGGUCAUGGUGUCUCAGCUCCAGGGGUGUGCUUUGCAUCGGACAGACAGGAUCUGUCACAGAGGCAGCCUGAUCAGGCUCUUACUUCUACUCUACUGCUCUCUCAUGACCGCCCAGGCUGCCAAACCCAAAGGUCCGGGUGGCACACACCUCAACUCCAUCCGCAUCGACGGAGACAUCUCCCUGGGAGGCCUGUUCCCUGUGCACGCCAGGGGCAACGAAGGCAAGGCCUGUGGGGAGCUGAAGAAGGAGAAGGGGAUCCAUCGUCUGGAGGCCAUGCUGUUCGCCCUGGACCGUAUCAACAACGACCAUUCCCUGCUACCCAACAUCACGCUGGGAGCACGCAUUCUAGACACGUGUUCCCGGGACACCCACGCCCUGGAGCAGUCACUUACCUUCGUCCAGGCCCUCAUCGAGAAGGACGGGACGGACGUCAAGUGUCUUGGCGGGGGAGCACCCAUCAUCACCAAGCCUGAGAGGGUAGUGGGAGUCAUUGGAGCCUCGUCCAGCUCUGUGUCCAUCAUGGUGGCCAACAUACUGCGGCUCUUCAAGAUCCCCCAGGUGAGUUACGCCUCCACGGCCCCGGAGCUGAGCGACAACACACGUUAUGACUUCUUCUCGCGCGUGGUGCCCCCAGACACCUACCAGGCCCAGGCCAUGGUGGACAUCGUCAAGGCCAUGCGCUGGAACUACGUCUCCACCGUGGCGUCAGAGGGCAACUACGGAGAGAGCGGGGUGGAUGCCUUCAUACAGAAGUCUCGAGAGGAUGGAGGUGUGUGCAUCUCUCAGUCGGUCAAGAUUCCCCGGGAGCCGAAACAGGGAGAGUUUGAUAAGGUCAUUCGCAGACUAAGAGAAAACCCAAAUGCAAGGGUGGUCAUUAUUUUCGCCAAUGAGGAUGAUAUCAGGCGGCUACUCCAAGCAGCCAAGAAGGCCAACCAGACUGGCCAUUUCAUCUGGGUGGGCUCAGACAGCUGGGGCUCAAAGAUCUCUCCAGUGUUACACCAGGAGGAGAUGGCAGAGGGAGCAGUCACCAUCCUGCCCAAACGCCAGUCCAUCAGAGGGUUUGAUCGUUACUUCAUCAGCCGCACACUGGAGAACAACAGGAGGAAUAUCUGGUUUGCUGAGUUCUGGGAGAACAACUUCGCCUGCAAGUUGAGCCGACAUGCUUUGAAGAAAGGGUCCGGGCUGAAGAAAUGUACAAAUCAGGAGCGGAUAGGGAAGGACUCCAACUAUGAGCAAGAGGGGAAGGUGCAGUUUGUUAUCGAUGCAGUCUAUUCCAUGGCCCACGCGCUGCACAACAUGCACAGGGAACUCUGUCCGGGGAAGGUGGGCCUUUGCUCCAGGAUGGAUCCCAUCAAUGGCACUCUACUGCUCAAACACAUCCGCAUGCUCAACUUCGCAGGAAUAGCUGGCAACCCAGUGCUCUUCAAUGAGAAUGGAGAUGCCCCUGGUCGCUAUGAGAUUUAUCAGUACCAGAUCAGAAACAGAACAGCUGAGUACAAAAUCAUCGGCCACUGGACCGAACAGCUCUAUCUGAACAUCCGAGCAAUGCACUGGCCAGGUGGAGGUCGUCAGAUCCCUUACUCCAUCUGCAGCCACCCCUGCCAGGCCGGAGAGCGCAAGAAGAUAGUGAAGGGCAUCCCUUGCUGCUGGCACUGCGAGCGCUGCAACGGCUACCAGUACCAGUCAGACACCUACAGCUGCAAGAUGUGUCGCUUUGACCUGCGUCCCAACGAGAACCACACUGCCUGCCGUCCCAUCCCCAUUGUCAAGCUGGAGUGGAGCUCCCCAUGGGCCAUCAUCCCUGUCCUCAUCUCCGUAGCGGGCAUCAUGGCCACUCUGUUCGUGGUGGUCACCUUUAUCCGCUACAACGACACACCCAUCGUCAAGGCGUCAGGCCGCGAGCUCAGCUACGUUCUGCUGACUGGUAUCUUCAUGUGCUAUGCCACCACCUUCCUCAUGAUUUCUGCCCCUGAUGUUGGCAUCUGCUCCCUCAGACGGAUCUUCCUGGGUCUAGGGAUGAGUAUCAGCUACGCAGCCCUGCUCACCAAGACUAACCGCAUCUACCGCAUCUUCGAGCAGGGAUCCAUGUCGGUGAGCGCCCCCAGGUUCAUCUCCCCAGCCUCCCAGCUGGUCAUCACCUUCAGCCUGACGUUGGUGCAGCUACUGGGUGUGUGUAUCUGGUUUGGGGUAGACCCGUCUCAGGCCAUCAUCGACUACGAGGACCAGCGCACGGCCAAUCCGGACAUGGCCCGUGGCGUGCUCAAAUGUGACAUCUCUGACCUUUCACUGAUCUGCCUGCUGGGUUACAGCAUGCUGCUCAUGGUCACCUGCACGGUGUACGCCAUCAAGACCCGGGGGGUGCCGGAGACCUUCAACGAGGCCAAGCCCAUCGGCUUCACCAUGUACACCACCUGUAUAGUCUGGCUGGCCUUCAUUCCCAUCUUCUUUGGCACCUCCCAGUCCACAGAGAAGAUGUACAUCCAGACCACCACUCUGACCAUCUCCGUGAGUCUGAGUGCCUCUGUCUCUCUGGGGAUGCUCUACUUGCCCAAGGUCUACGUGAUCCUCAGGCACCCGGAGCAGAACGUGCCCAAACGCACACGCAGCCUUAAGGCCAUGGUCACUGCCACCACCAUGUCCAACAAGUUCAACCCCAAGGCCAGCCUACGUCCCAAUGGAGAGGCCAAGACUGAGCUGUCUGAGAGCCUGGAAACACAAGCUUUCGCCACAAAGCAGACAUACAUCAGCUACAGCAACCAUGUCAUCUAGGAGAGGAAGGCCGUCGUCGUUGUUCUGGAUGGUCACCUCAUGGCGGGUGAAAAUGUUCUUAUGCACUGGAAUGAAAUGGGAAAGAGAGGAAGAAAAUGGACAUGGGACAUGUUGUGAGGAUCACUAAAGGAUUUCCCAGGGAAUAGUCAUAAUAAAGGAAAGAGAGAACACAGAGAUGCAGCGAGGGCCUCCAAGGGCCCAACAGAACAGAUACAGUAUAAUGGUGAUGCUCCAUCUUGACGGCCAUGACAGACAAGGCCAACACUUCCCCCCUGGCAGAGACCGGAGAGGAUAUGAUGCGGGAUGAGGCUUCUCCUCCCUUCUCGUUGUUUGCAUUGCAGCUUUAUUCUCUCUCUCUCUCUCUCUCUCUCUCUCUCUCUCUCUCUCUCUCUCUCUCUCUCUCUCUCUCUCUCUUUUUUUUCUUAUCUUAUCUUGAGCCGACCGGACUGACAUGCAAUCCAAUUGAAAGAAUCUGUUCAGGUGUAUGCCAUGCAAGGUUGUAGUCUGCCAGUGUUCUCAACAAUAAGGGACAUUGCUCUCAAUGCUUCAGGAAGUUGCAGAGCCACCAGGAUGAGAGUAAUCAGUCUUUCAUUUCAAGGAGGAUUUUAAGUUACAUAAUUGUUUUUUUGUUGUUUUGUUAAAGGUAUUCCAGUUUAAAAAGAAAAUACUGGAUGAAAGAAACCAUUCCAACAAUGCAGGAUAAUUGUACGCCAUCAUAUUUUUGUUGUUUUUGCCUUCAUUGAGUUGACCCAAAAAAUUAUAAUGAUGUUGACAAAAAAAUAAUAUGGUCAUUACUGAUUUUGAGCAUGCCAGUUUGAACAUCCUGUGUUGUGUUGUAAAAAAAAUAUUUGGAAUGCGUUCAAACUCUGUUGCAGUGUCGUUUCUAUUAUAUGUCAAUUCCAAACUGGU